AUGGAACUGCCGCCUAUUGGCCCCCCAAUGAAAGCCCGCAAGGGCAUUAAGGAUGCAUCAUUUACCGUUUGCGUCGCGGUGCAGGGAGGACUAGAGGGCGAGCAGCCCUUUUGCGCCCAAAAGACGAACUUGGUGCAUGGGAUGAUUUUCCGGGCGGACACAUCGAUUCGUAAUCUAGCGAUCGCAGGAUCGCGACCGGACAACAUUGCACGAUCUAUCGAGAUCCAAUCUUCCUGCGAUCCCGACAGUCUGGAUCCAACGCCCAUACCUCGGCUCGUGGCAAGCAGGCUUUUUGAGAUUUUGAGAGAGGAAGAGCCUCGACUUAAAUCCUUUCUUCUGUGGCCCUCUUCCGCCCUUGGUCAUGUCUCUCAUCAGCGCCCCAUGGCCAACGCAGAUUCCCCGUCCAGGCUGAAUACAGCCACGCCAAUUGCAGUCGAUCACUUCACGGAUGACACUAACACUGAAUUCGACGAUGAGCUAUCCGAUCUGACCUCACUGUCAUCGAGCGUGCUCGAGUAUGAGUACGAGAAUGGCCGUCGGUACUGCAGCACGCGCGCAGUAAGUUGA